AUGCCGUCUGAGCUUUUUCAACCUUUGCUACACGAUCCAUUAGGAUGGAAACAAUCGACGACAUCCUAUACGGACCAUUACAAAUGGAGAAAGCUUAAUUCGAAAAACAAGGAUAAACUCAUUUCUGCUUAUAGCCAACGAUAUCAACGGCAAUUGCGUAAACGGAAAACAAAUAAUCAACGUCAACCAUUGAAAGCCAAUGAAGAACAACCGGCAAACCGAAUCAUUGUAUUGAAUAAAUGUGGAGAUAAGCAACAAUCGGCAACGUACCGAUAUUUACCAACGAAAACACCGGUGUACAUCGUUGAACAAAAACCGAGGCCUGCAACAGCAAAUGUGGAAUCAACCUGUUGUACACAAGAAUUACAACGCCCACCAACGGCUCCGCCAGCUUUUCAAGAAGAAACAAGUCCGCCGACAGAAAUUCAACAGUCCGUCAAAGAAGAAACUAAGGAAAAAGAGAAACGUCCAGUUGAUGCCGACAAUGACAAUUCACGACAUUGGCUAACUUUUCCCACUCCAAAAACACCGCAGAAAAUAAUUGAUGCCAAACAACGCCUCGGACAAUUAAACAUUCCUUCUACUCUUGCUCGACCUUCAACAGCAUCGAAUCCACCAACGGAAAAACAACAAACAGCUCAACCAAUUAAUCGACCAUCAUCGGCUUCUGCCCCACAGACAAAGCCAGCUGACGAUCAACACCGUUUUCUCAGUUUCGAAAAACGCGAAACACCUGACGAUUUACGCGCUGCACGGUAUCGUCUCGAUAAACAUCGAUAUAAUGUAUCAAUAGACAAUUAUCCACCACGUCCAAAGACUUGCCCAGAACGUCGAUAUGACUCACCUAAACCAGUUACUCCACCAACCUGGAAAAUAGAAUCACCGUCAUCUCAACCAGCGAAAGCUGAUGUAUGGGUUGUCGAAGAUGAAUGCAAACCGGCAACACCCGCAUCCCGACCAUCGUCUUCAUCUAAGUACAUACAAAUUGUAAAUUGUGACAACGUUCCAAGUGAAUACGCAACUGCACUUGAAAUAUCCAAUGCUGCGCAAAAGGAAUACGAAAAAAAUUUGAAAAUAAAUGGUGGUCGUAAACCUGAGAACUUUGCUUAUCGACUCCCAACAAUGCUAUCUGACAAUAAAAACGUUUCAUGCAUUACCUAUCAGAAUCCGCAACAGAUGACAGGUAUGGACAGUCAAGUACGUCAAGUUACACGAUCAUCUGACAACGAUCUAGGCGUUUGGAUUCGAAAUGCUACAGAUAGAGAACGAGCAUCAGCGUUGAAAAUCGUACAAGAUGUUCUCAAUCCAUCGCAUUUUGGCUAUGACAGACAAGCAUCGAACCGAACCUUAUCAGGCACACGAAAACUAGGCCGCACACGUACUCAGCAUAAGUUUCCAUGUGAAAUAUGCGAAAAACUUCUUAUCAAACGGCAUGUUUGGGAUUUGAAUGGGUUAGAAGAAACAUUAAGUUGUCCACAUCAUCCUUAG